UCUUUCUGCAGAACAAGAAAAACAAGUCACAUACUUUAAUGGAAGGGAUGCAAAUAAUUUCACCAAUCACCACCAAUGCCAUUAAAAUUGUCAUUAUUAAACCACCCGUUUUUGACAGUUUUUUUUUUUUUUGGUUCUUCCAGUGGGGUUUGUGAGAGCUUCACACUCGUAUCAAUUUUAAAACCCUCAUUACCUCCUUUGUUGUUUUUGCCUCUUUUCACUCUCUCUUUGGUUUUGUUUUCUCCUUUGUUGUUGUGUUGCAGAUGGGUCUCGCUUUGUAGCCUUUCCUUUCAUUUCCUUCUCCUUCUUAUUCUCUCCUUUUCUUUUCCCGGCCCCCUGCUUCUUUCUCUGCGGAUAACCCGGUGAGUGUUUUACAUGAUCCCAAAUCCUGAAAUCUAGAACAACCCACUUCUUAAGGGACUGGCAACUGGAGCUUUUUUGGGCCUUUCAUAUAGAUCUGUGGAGAGUUGUUCAUGCACUCAAUGAACCCUUUGAACAGAAGACACUGAUUUCUGGAGUUUGACUGGAGAUGUGCGCUGUGCGCAGAAACAUUGUGACUUUUCUAUUUUUACUGGUUCUGCUAAGCUGAGAAAUUGAUUAGUGUUUACUGGUUUCUCAUUUUCUGGAGGUAAAAUAGAUGGAGGUGGAAAGUGUAGCAAGUGAUUUUCGGCAAUGGGAUGAAUUAAUACCCGACGCAUUGGGUCUAAUCUUCAAAAAUUUAUCUCUUAAGGACAUGCUGACAGUGAUUCCAAUGGUGUGCAAAUCAUGGGGUAAGGCAGUAAUGGGGCCUUACUGCUGGCAAGAGAUAGACAUUGAAGAAUGGAGUGACAGAUGCCCGGAGCCUCAGCACCUCGAUCGUAUGAUACAAAUGCUGAUUUCAAGAAGCUGUGGAUCGCUCAGAAAGCUGUGUGUUUCAGGCCUAAAAAAUGACAUGAUCUUCUCCUUCAUUGCUGAACAUUCUAAUUCCCUUCAGACCUUGAGUCUGCCAAGAAGUGAAAUAAGUGAUUCGAUAGUGGAACAAACAAUUGGAAGGCUCUCUCACAUCACUUUCUUGGAUCUUAGCUACUGCGGAAAGAUCGGUUUUCAUGCUUUGGAAGUCAUUGGAAACAACUGUAAAUUGUUAGUGAAGUUGUUCCGGAACAUGCAUCCAGUAGAUACAGUUGGCAUGCCUAUUGUGGAUGAUGAGGCCAAUGCCAUUGCGGCCACAAUGCCUAGACUGAAGCACCUUGAGCUGGCAUACCAUGUCAUUAGCACGCAGAGUGCUCUUCAGAUACUCAAGAGCUGCACCGAGCUUGAGUUGUUGGAUUUGAGAGGGUGUUGGGGUGUUAAGCUUGAUGACGAGAAAUACUUAGAGAAGAAGUUUCCCAAAGUGAAGGUUUUAGGGCCUCUUGUUGAGGAUUGCUAUGAGGGAAAUGGGUGGGAUGACAACUCGUAUUACUCUGAUGCUUCUUCCGAGUAUUUAGCCUGGGAAUUUGUGGAUGAUGAUGAGGAUUUCGAUGAUGAUGGGAGUUUUGAUGACAUGUGGGAUGGCGAUGGAAGACUGGAGCAGCUUGAGUUGAGGUUCUAUCAAGGAAACGAACAUGAAACUGAAGGAGCGCUCGGUUGGCCUCCAUCACCGUGAAUUAGUACCUCCUAAAUUGGCUGUCUUUCUCAUUUGCAAACUGUUUGCUUCUCUCUGUUUCUUUAAGCAAAGUUGCCGGAUGCUGUGGAACUUAAUGUGUUGUAUGGAUCGUGUGUAAUCUUUCAGUUGAAAAGGAAAAGCAUGGUUUGUUAUGACUUAUGAGUAAUGACGUUGUAUUUGCUAGUAAUAUAGCUGUGUACAAUUAGUUGAGUUUGCAGACAUGGUGUGCUU